CUCGCUCCCUCUCCGGGCUGUCUCACUGCAGCCACUCAACGUGGCAUCUCCCAGGCAACUGUGGGGAAACCAGUACUGCCAAGAGGUCGACGAUGCGUGGACUCACUCGCUGCAGCAUGCAAGGACUACAGAUACACACAUUAGCCCACAAACUAGCAUGUUUGAACACACACAUUAGCCCACAAACUGGCAUGCACAGUCGAACACGCACAAUACCACACAAGCACACAUAUUUAAAUGUCAUCCACACAUGGACACUGACAAAUAUGUCAUUCAUUGGAAGCGCCUAAUUACCAUAUGUAGUGGAUACUUCAGGAAGUGAGUGGAUCAGAAGCCUCUAUUCCAAUCAAGCAAUAAAAUCACAUGCAGAGAAUUGGUUCUGUAGUUUUCGCUAUAUCCAAUGUCACACAGUAUUUGUCUUUCUUUCCUGUUGAAAUCUAGUUAGAAUAGCCAGGAGAAAGAGCGGUCUGAACAGGUCUUAAUCUAGUAGUGAUCGAACAGCAACACCUCCAUGCUUUCUACGCGUUAUGAAUUCAAAGCAGGUAUUGCCAUUCCACUGUCCCAGCCCCGCUCCAACAUGUGUCAAAUUCUGUCAGACACACACACACACACACACACACACACACCCCCUCAGAGGUCAGUGGGCUCCGUUUGUGACGGUCUCAGUCUGGGAUCGAGCAUGGGGGCAGUUUGAUUAGCACGGCUAGUGAGUGCUCUCUUAAUGAUGCACUCUGGGUAAUGGAAUGUGUGGCGCCCCUUUUUGUGUCGCAGCUUCUAGUCAUUUUCAUCAAAACCUUCGUUUCUUUUUUUUUCUUUUUUUUUACAUAUCCUGAACAGACACGUCUGCAGGCCUACACUGUCAACAUCCUCACACCCCUAGUGUGCGCGUGGUGUCUUGUUGAUGGUCAGUGUGUUAAUAUCUGUCUGUAAAAUACAACACUCUUUAACUCGUAUGUCUGACCCUGUGAGGUUAAGUAUCCACGAGCCUGCUUAUCCCCAUAACACCAGCAGUAAACUAGGGAAAGUAUAUCCUGUCACCGGGAACGAUCCCUCCGCCCUCCGUCUACUGCUUUUCCAGAAUAACAACUUCCCCUAACCAGAGAGCAAAUAGGCCUACGCUUUCCAAUUUCGUCCGCCUCGUUUGUUGUCAUUUGAAAUAAUAUUAACAACAUAGCACGAGUCAUUGAAAUCUCAUCUGAUUUAGUGGGAUUGGGGCGAUUUAACCGCAGUCCAGCCGGUCCGAGACUCCGUCAGGGUUUAUAAAUAGAGGCCACCACAUUGCCUCCCCUCUGGUGUGUAGAGCUGGAGACUGGAGACUGAAUUGGAGCACAGAGGACCAGGUGGCGGUUUCACUGAGACAGGAUUUAUCUUAGCCCAGUAGCAGAAGCCCCUCCGCUGCGCCAGGGCCAGGGAUUUAACAGCAGACAAAGAAACCCUCCUGGAUGACUUCAUGUUGACACACCCCAUCUUCCUGGCCUCAGACAGGUUCCAGCAGGUCCUACUCCAGCAAUUUGGUGUCAAGGGGAAGGCAGGGGAGGGCUGGCCCAGCUGGGACGGGGCAGAGAGGAAGCAGGCUGUGCUGAGUGUUGCCUUCCGCUACCUGGACACAUACAGAGAACUGCUGCAGGAAGAGGGUGAGAGGUCCAACAGCUUCCCCAAGGAGCUAUAUCUGUGUGCAGUCCAAGAACUCAGUCAGUUCCCUGAGCUCGUGGAAGACGUGCUGAAGCUUCAGCGCUGGACCGAGAUUCUCCAAUGCCCCAGCUCCGAGGAGGACAAGGAGAUUCGGAAGAAGCAGGUCCGUCCUCUUUUCCGCCACUUCCGCCGCAUCGACGCCUGUCUGCAGCCCAGAGAGGCCUUCCGGGGAUCAGAUGAGAUCUUUUGCAGGGUGUACACGCCGGACCACUCGUACGUGACGAUCCGCAGCCGUCUGUCAUGCCGCGUGGGGGAGAUCCUGGCGCUGGUCAGGGAGAAGCUGCAGUACAGUGAAGACCAGCCAACCCAACCUGGCAACCUGCUGCUGGUGGCUGUCACCUCCGCCGGGGAGAAGGCCGCUUUCCGGCCUAGCGACGAGGCCGUCUUCACCACCCUGGGAGUCAACACUCACCUGUUUGCCUGCGAGCCCUCUGAGCUGGAGAGCCUGCUUCCCUUACCUGAGGAGAUCCACUGGUCGCCCGGCGACAGUAAACUACAUGACAUGAGUGCUGAGGAGGUAGCCACUCAGCUGGUGGUGUUUGACUGGGAGCUCUUCAGCUGCGUGCAUGAGGUGGAGUUUGUGUGCUAUGUGUUCCACGGCGAGCAGGCUCGCUGGCGCCCCCUCAACCUUGAGCUGGUACUGCAGCGAUGCAGCGAGGUGCAGCAUUGGGUCGCCACCGAGAUCCUGCAGUGCCAGUCGCUGCCCAAGAGGGUGCAGCUCCUCCGCAAGUUCAUCAAGAUCGCAGCUCUGUGUAAGCAGCAGCAGGACCUGCUGUCCUUCUUAGCUGUGGUCCUGGGGCUGGACAACCCUGCAGUCAGCCGCCUUCGCCUCACCUGGGAGGGACUCCCUGGGAAGUUCAGGAAGCAGUUCCAGCAGUUUGAAAGCAUUGCGGAUCCAUCCAGAAACCACAAGUCGUACAGAGACCUGAUGGGCAGCCUCAGACCCCCUCUCAUCCCCUUCACACCACUGCUGCUCAAAGAUCUGACCUUCCUCCACGAGAGCUGCAAGUCGUUUCAUGGGGAGCUUGUCAAUUUUGAGAAGAUGCAUAAAGUUGCAGAGAUGGUGAGGAGCAUCAGACGAUACAGGAGCUCUCAGCUAGCUCUGGAUGCAGAGCCUUCCCCCUCUCACCUCCAGACCAAGGCCUACGUUCGCCAGCUGCAGGUCAUCGACAAUCAGAACCUACUCUUUGAAAUGUCCUGCAAGCUAGAGCCCAAAGACAUGUGAGAGAAAGUGCGAAUGAGUGGGAGAGGGAUGAGAAAGAGGGAGAUCGCCCCCAUACCCACCUUACCCCCCCUUCUCCAUUGCACCUCUGCCCUCAAUGGUCUCAACCCUGAUUGGCUGAAUCAGCUAGCCAUUUUUGUAACCUUGCUAUGCUGGGUGUUUUCCUGGCUUCCUCCAGCCCCCUUCCCGGUCUGCUUGUCACGAGCCACCGCUGAUUUUGUGUACAAUACUCAGACUGCUGGAAACGGCUGAGAAAAAUGACUGGAACUCUUUUCUUUGAAGCCUUGUGCGUGUGACUUUGUGAGCAUGUUGUGUGAGGAGGGCACGAGGUUUCAGGACUGACUCGACUAGCAGAUUGGACAGCCAUUUUGUACAGAAAAUGAGGAUGAAUGAAUAGUAAGCUUUUGUUUGUUUUGUUUUUGUUUCCCCAACACCAAGUCAUGCUUCUGCUUUCACGUCCAAGUGAAGCCUGUCCAGUUUGCACUGCCACCAAACCCCCUUCCACAACUGGACCUUUCUGAACUUACCCAAACCAGGAUGGUUAGACCAAAUGUGGAAAGGCUGGCUUUGUUUUACUAAACCAGUUAAACUGAUGUCUCUGACAUUUGACCCCCAGACAGACUGUAUUCCUGCUGUUGUCCCACCUUUUCUCUGUGAAGUACUCAGACGUGAGACAAUCUAACCCCGUGACCUCUAACCUAACUCUUGACCCCUCCCCUCCAGCCAACAUGGGCACUUACCACCAACAGCUCAGCGGCAGCCCUCAACGAGUCAGCAACAGUUGGAGAAUAAAGAAUAUACUCCUAUGCUAGUUCAUACUAGUACUUCUGGGCUAAAAUAAACCGAGUUUAUACCUCUGAACAAAAGCUUCCACCAUGUAACAAGAAGAUGUGAUAUUUCGGGAGAUGGUGGAAUGAAAAGUCUCUGAACCCGAUGAUGUGCUGCAGGCUUAUUGGCUCCCCACGUCAAAGAUCUCUCUCAUUGGUUGAGUCAGUUGUUGAUUGACAGCUCUUGAUAAUUCCACUCUUUUGGGGGGGUUCAGACUGAGGCCGCAGGUUCACCGUCACAAGACAAACCCUUCUUUAUGUACAGAUGAUGGGAGGCCAACAGAAUUUGUAACAACAAAGCACUUUUGCCUGACCUCAGGGCACAUUUUCAGCAUGAGAAUUGUUUGUGAUUGUAUAAAAUGUUCAGUAUAGUUCAGUUCAAUAUCAUUUUUUUAUCGCAAUUUAACAAAGCCAUUGUCGCAGAACUCUCAACAAAAGAAACAAGGCCCGUUUUAUUCUAUAGGCAUGGUACCAUCAUCAUGGCCACUUGUACUGCGCCAUAGUUUCUAUUAUGCUGAUUGAUUAAUUUUCUCAUAGAAAGUAUAUGGAGUCGAACAACUGGACCCAGUGACGUUGACACCACUUGUUUGCCUGCGACUCUCUCAGGAUGCCUGGGUCACGACCUUCGCGGAGGGCUGCCUGGCAAUGCCUGUACGAUAAAGCUGUAAUGUAAAUAUUCUAUGUGUAAAUAGCUAAAUAAUAUGGAGACUCUAUUUUAUGUAAGAUGCAAGGAGAUUAUUUUAUUUGUUUUGUAAAUCUGAGAACGGGUGUAAAUGGAGACAGAAAUGGAGUCUGCUACUGUAGUUGAGAUGAAUUGUACAGCAUAUUUCUUCUGUUUUGUUUUGUUUUUCUUAAGCGACUGGGAGGCCUGGGGUGGGGGGGAUCUUGACUCGCGUGGGGUUUUGUUUUUGUACAGAAGUCAGUGUUUACAGUCAUCUCUCCUGAAACUCAGAUGUGUCAUUAGACGUAGCCCAAGGUUAUAUCCGAGCAGUUGUAUCAAAUCAACCCUUAACCCCUAGGCAAUGUGUAGGUCUGGGAGAUUUGGAUAGGUGGUAAUGUAGUAAGACCUCCACUGUGCCCUGUGAUGGGCUAGAUGGAAGUAUCACUAUAUUGCUUACACCGAUCACUUGUUUAGGAGGUAGGGGCUAAGGGUUUGGGAGUCGAUCUGCUCUUUUUACCAUGGGGAGGCCCUUCACUCUGGUCUCGGUUACUACGCACCUAAAUAAAGCCUCUUCUGAUGA